ACAACUACGCGGAAGUUCAGUGAGUUUGGUCAAUACCGUAUUUUGACCAUAGUGAUCGCGCGUGCCGAUGGAUUAAACAGCCAGUUUGCUGUGUGAAGUUAAUUAUUUCUGCCCCAUUCGUUUUAUAGACGCUUUUAAUCCGCUAUCAUUAUAAGUGGAGAAGCAGACAUGGCUGCUAAUGGCGACUCUGCGAUCGGACUGCUGUCUUAUGAAACACUUGUGCACGCUGUAGCCGGCGCAGUGGGCAGCGCGACGGCAAUGACGGUGUUCUUCCCUCUGGACACGGCCAGAAUUCGACUGCAGGUGGACGAGAGCCGAAAAUCCAAGUCGACUCCUGUCAUUCUGGCUGAGAUUGCAAAAGAGGAGGGCGUAAUGUCUCUCUAUCGGGGUUGGUUUCCUGUAAUCUCCAGCUUGUGCUGUUCCAACUUCGUCUACUUCUACACAUUCAAUUCACUGAAGAGGCUGAUGCCGGGAAAGUCCAGGCCUGGCAGAGACCUCGUCAUGGGCUUCAUCGCAGGAACUGUGAACGUGCUCCUGACCACCCCCAUGUGGGUGGUGAAUACUCGGCUAAAGCUACAGGGAGCGAAAUUUCGGAAUGAAGAUCUCCAUCAAACCCACUACAAGGGCAUUUUUGACACUUUCUCCCAGAUCGUAGCUGAUGAAGGGGUAGGGGCGCUGUGGAACGGCACACUCCCGUCCCUGCUGCUGGUGUUCAACCCUGCAGUGCAGUUCAUGUUCUAUGAGGCCAUGAAGAGAAAAGCAGGGCGAGAUGGACGGAAGAUUUCUUCAGUUGAGAUCUUUAUCAUCGGAGCCAUCGCCAAGGCUGUUGCAACGACGGCCACUUAUCCGCUGCAGAUCGUCCAGUCCAUUCUGAGGUUUGGCCAACACAAAUCACAAGAGAAAGGGGGUUUACUGGGCAGCAUGCGAAACGUGGUGAACUUACUGAUGGAACGAAUCAAGCGCAACGGAGUGCUCGGCCUGUACAAAGGUCUGGAGGCGAAGCUGCUUCAGACGGUGCUGACGGCGGCUCUCAUGUUCAUGGUCUAUGAGAAGAUUGCUGCAGUCACCUUCAAACUGAUGGGCCUUAAUAAGAAGCUGAAGCAUUAACAACAGUUAUGGCUUAAAACUAACCAGAGUCAGGUUGCUUACUUUACUACCUCUUUAAAAAUGCAUUGCCAGACUUGACCAUCAUUCCUUCAACCAGUAUAGGAGCUAAAUUAUUACAGUCAUCAAUUUAAACGCCUUUUUAUUUUAAACCAUUUGUCUUAAAAUGUUUGUUAAAUACACUGUAAAAAUUCUUUUUUUUAUAAAUCCAUUUUAGCAUAAUUCUUAAUUCUGUACAACAAAAAAUCUAUAAUGUACAGAAAGCUUUUCAUGCUAUAAUACCAAUUAAUGUCUUAAUUUAUUUCAUUUUCUUCAAACAGUCAGUUAUUCAGUUCUUUACAACAAUUAUUAUUAUAAUUUUUUGAUUGUGUAAUACUGUAGUCAGUGAGUUACAUGUCUAUCGUUCAGUUCUCACAUGAGACAUCAUGUGAAAUGAGUUAUUUUAAAUUGCACUUAAUAAUGAAUUUUAAGUGUUUACAUGAGCUUGAACAUUUUAACCUAUUGGUGUUUAAUUUUUUUUUGCACAUUAAUGAGGUAAGAUGAGAUUCAGUUAAUGCAUAAAGAAUGCAAAUAGUCCAUAUCGAUGCUAAAAUAUGCAAAUUGUAAACUGAACGAAUAUACCUAUCGUUUAGGUAAAUUUUAUUAAACUUAAUCAGUACUGUGUU